AUAUUAUAUACAUUUUAACACUAUGUGUAUUUAUACUUUUAAAUAAGAUAUCAACUCUUACGAAACUGAAUACUUGUUUGAGUAUAAAAGUAGUUAACACCUAUACAAUAUUUAUGUAAUUAAACUUCCAGAAACAUAGUUUACAAAACAAAGAUUUUGAGGCUUUCUUUAAAUUCUAUGAGAUUUUUAGCAAUUUUAAGAAUAACACCUAGUAUAGCUAUGAAUAAAGAGUAUGCAAGUAUUCACUCUGCAAGCAUUGAACAGAUACACGAAAUGCCUAUAAAUGAAAUAAUUCGACCUUUGCCACCACAAGUCGAUGAUGAUAAAGUCAGAAGUUUAAUGAAUUCCUUAGUUGAUCCUAAUCUUAAAGACAGUGUUCCACCAAUAGAUGUAAUGUGGAUUGUGGGAAAAGAAGGAGGCAACUAUUACUAUUCAUUUGGAGGAUGUCACAGAUAUGCUGCUCAUAAAUGUUUAAAUUUGGAUACCAUUAGAGUUAAAUUAGUAAAAUCAAAUAUCAAUGAUUUACAUAAUUAUUUAGGAGCAUCAACCCCCAACCUUAAAUAACUAACUAAAAAAAUGAAAAAUUUUUCUUUUUUUUUUUUAUUUUAUUUUGGAAAAUUACAGAUAGAUAGGAUUCUAUACAGUAUAAUAAAUGUAAAGUUUUAGAUAACAUAAAAAAAGAUAAUAUAUGUUGUGUUAUAAGCAUUACAAUGUGUUUAAUU